AGCCAUUUUGGCUCAAGCCUGCUUUGGGCGCCAGGCGGGCUGUUGCUGCCCCCUGCCGCGGCUCGGGCGAUGGCGGCGGUCCUUCCCCUCGUCGGGGAUCAGGCGGCGUUGCUUGCGCCGCUGGUCAAGGCGGCAGCUGCUGCGGCUGCUGCAGACGGCGGCGGGCGGCAGGUGGUUGCCGCCGCUGUCGCUUCGGCCCUUCGCGUGGGCGCUUCUCUCCUCGCCCCGCGCCUGGCUUCCGCGGUGGACGAGGAGGUGGCGGCGAGGGAGGAGCUUGGAAGGCCUCAUCUGACCGAGAUGGUGCGGGCGGGCCGCGAAGGCGUCGUGGCUCGGCCCUCUGGGGCCAGUCGCGCCUUCCGCGGCUGGGCCCAGCACGCGGAUUUCGGCGCAGGGCCGCAGGCGGUGCUUGCCACGGCCGGCGAGGCCCGGCGCCGGGCGCGUGGCCGCCGUCGUGGGGCUGGCGAUGCAGCGUCGGCUCCCGCCACGGACGCUUUGGAGGGCGACAAGGUGGAGCUGAAGUCGAAAGUCUCAUUGCACCCCUGCGCUCAGCGGAUGGGGGAGCUGAUGAAGAAGGACUUAAGUGCGCCCCUGGAUGCCAGGCCACCCUGGAGGUGAAGGCGGUGAGGUCGGCCGUCGACGAGCUGGCCCUGGAUAACACUCGGCUGUGCAAGGGGGAGACCAAGUGCAACUCGAAGAGGCUCGGCGUGAAGGAUCCCAGGGAAACGGUCCAGGAGCAGCUCGACGGGGUUUCUGCCCUGGCCUUCAGUCCCAGGCAACCUGUUUGCCCUUGGAGCCUGUUCGUCAGCGGUGCACUGUAAAAAGCAGCUCGACGUGGACGUGGACUCGGAGCUGCCGAAGGAGGCGUCCCUCAAGGUCCAGGUCGGCAGAAAGGCUGCUGACCUCGAUCCGCCCCUGGCCCAGUACGGCCUGGCCCGCGUCGUGACGGCCGCCAGGAAGUACGAGGCCAUGCAGCAGGCGGCCUGCGGCGUCCAGCAGGAUAAGAACGCCUUGGCUGAGGCGCAGGCUUGUUUCGACGCGGCCGUUGAUGAUGCUGUCGACGCUGCCUCGGGCAUGGAGGAGGACGAGCGCACGGCGUUCAUGGUGAAGCUCGGCCUCCCGCCCUAGAAGGUGGCCUUGUGGUGAGUGCCGCGGAGGCUCGUGCCCUCCUGCGGCACUCCUGAGUCGGUGCUGUCGCGGAGGCUCGUGUUCCUCCUGCGGCGGUUGCAGUCGCGGAGGCUCGUGUUCCUCCCGCGGCUGUCUCUUCGCGCGGAGGCUCGUGUUCCUUCUGCGCCGCUGCCGUCGCGGAGGCUCGUGUUCCUCCGCGGCGGCCGUCUUGGGUCGCGGAGGCUCGUGUUCCUCCUGCGACCCUGCCUGCUGAAAAGGAGAAGGAUUGAGGCCACGUGAGUGGCAAGGCAGCAGAAUCCAGCAGAAUCC